AUGUCCGCGUCGAUGCUCACCCUCACGGCCGAAAGUUGGACCUGGGCCUCGCGCCGCCUCCUGCUGGGCUCCUGGCGCAAGCUGCAGGUCGAGGACGCCCUCAUGCUGCUCGCCAUGUCCACCGACACCGUCCUCAUGGUCAGCAUGAACAUUAUAUCGACGACGUCGAGCAACCUCAUUGACCCCAACGACCCGACGCCCCUGGACGAGGCCAACAUCCAGGAGCGCGUCUUCGGCUCCAAGAUGGUCCUCGUCGUCGAGCAGAUGCAGUGCAUCACCAUCUGGCUCGUCAAGGCGUGCCUGCUCAUCAUGUACCACCGCCUCACCAUGUCCCUGCGCCAGAACCUGGCCGUCAAGAUCGUCGCCGCCUACGCCGUGAUCACCUUUGUCGUCAUGGAGGUCCUCUACCUGGGCGUCUGGUGCCGGCCCUUUACCGAGUACUGGGCGGUGCCCCCCAAGAGCACCCAGUGCUCCGCCGCCACGAACCACCUCAUCACUAAUGCUGUCUUCAACAUCUCGUCAGACAUUAUGAUCAUCGCCAUCCCGCUGCCUAUCUUCCUCAAGUCGACACUGUCGCCCAAGCGCAAGGCCGUACUCUGCGGCGUCUUCGCCGUUGGCACCUUUACCAUUGUCUCGGCCGUGCUCAACAAGUACUACUCCUUCAACCAGCCAUUUGGCAGCGACUGGACCUUCUGGUACAUUCGCGAGUCGUCGACGGCCCUCAUCGCCGCCAACCUGCCCCUGACGUGGACCCUGAUGCAGCGCGUCUUCAACCUCAAGAGCUUUGCCGAAAAGUACUACUCGAACCAGCGCUCGCGCACAGGCGGCGUCCAGACCAACUCGCAGUUCCGCUCGACAAACUACAUUGACCGCCAGCGCCACCGACGACGCGCCGACAGCCUCGGGUCCCUGGGCGAGACGGACCGCUCCGCCAGCGAGGAGCACAUUAACCCCAUCCCACUCAAAAUAUAUCAGAAGCACGAGGUGGAGAUUAGCACCCUGCCCGCGCAGGACGACGAUGGCCGAAGGAUGCGCAUGGCGUCCUCAGACUCGCUGCCCGAUGGACUCAAGACCGUCACCAACGUCCGGGGCGGCCAGUCUAUGGGGAGUCGGCGGACCGAGGAGGACGGGUCCGUCAAGAGCGUGGGAGGGGCGGUUGUAUGA